AUGAGCCCUGUAGGAGUUGUAGCGAUGUCGCCAAAGAGGAAGAAGGCCGUGUCCAGUACUCAGACGAGUUCCGUGCCGUUGAAGGGCAAAAUUCCGUCGUCAGGGACCAUAAGUAAGGACUUUGCAGAUGCGUUUAGUGUUUCGUUGAAGGCGUACUGGGGCCAGGUCGAGCAGGAUAAUCGUUUGAAGCUGAUUGAUAUAUUCUGCGUGUUUCUCGUGGUGCUCGCUUUGAUACAGACGGCUUUCAUGGCUUUCAUCAGAGACACAUUCCCCUUCAACGCGUUCUUGGCAGGCUUUAUAGUAUGCGUGGGCCAGUUUGUGCUGUUGAUCAGUCUGAGGUUGCAGCUGGCUAGCCCAUUCCCCGGGAUUUCGAAGAACAAGGCGUUUGGCGAGUUUGUGUUGGCGAGCCUUAUUCUGCACUUUAUAAGCUUGCACUUUAUAAACUAG